UUUUUCGCCCGUCCAGCCAUCGUGGUGGAAGCUCGGCUGUCAUCUCAUCAUCAUGUCCUCUCAUAAAACAUUCCGAAUCAAGAGGUUCCUGGCCAAGAAGCAGAAGCAGAAUCGUCCUAUUCCUCAAUGGAUUCGAAUGAAAACUGGUAAUAAGAUCAGGUACAAUUCAAAGAGGAGACACUGGAGGAGGACCAAACUCGGACUGUAAAGAAUGGCCAGUACAACGAAAGACAUUCUACAUAUUCCCCAUUCUACCACCCACCCCCUUUACCAUGUCAUCUAUCCAAUCAUUGAUCCAUCAAUCACCAGAUCCAUCAAUAGCCUCAUUGCACUAGAUAAGAAGGAAAUACUACGACUGCCCUCCCCAUAAGAAGGAAAUAAUAGUAAGCCUGCCCUCCCUAUUUCGGACACCGUCUGCUAAGAUGCAGACAUCC